AAAAAAAUCAAGAAGAGACGGUCGCAAACUCAGAUCUUCAGCGGCGUCUUGCCGUAAGAGAGCCUUCGAUCGUACUGUUUGAGCAUUAUUCAUCUCUCUGCUGCUACACCCGGACGUCGUUCUUAAUCAGACUGAGGAAGGAGAUCGUGCUAGGAAGAGACACCAUAUACGUUUUAGGGUUAGGUCCCCCCCCCCCCCCCCCCAAAAAAAAAAACAUAUUGUAAGCCCAGAUGGAAGAAAUUACCGAGGGAGUGAAUUCGAUGACCCUGGGUGGAGACUCUCAGAAGAAGAAUCGGAUUCAAGUGUCUAAUACCAAGAAACCUCUCUUCUUCUACGUUAAUCUUGCCAAGAGAUACAUGCAACAGCACAAUGAAGUGGAGCUUUCUGCCCUUGGAAUGGCUAUUGCCACAGUGGUGACUGUUGCUGAAAUUCUGAAAAAUAAUGGGCUGGCUGUGGAGAAGAAGAUUAUGACCUCCACUGUUGAUAUCAAGGAUGACUCAAGAGGACGACCUGUUCAAAAAGCCAAGAGGAACCUUGUGUUUGCGGUUUCCACUUCGAUCCAUAUUCAUUGGGCUAAAAAUUCAGUCAGAUUGACUUUUCUUCGUCAUUCUUCUAUUGAAAUAUUGCUGGGUAAGACGGUGAACUUCGAUGAACUAAUGGCAGCUGAUGCAGAGGAAAGAGAGAUCGGAGAUGAAGAGCAGAGUUAAAUGGGCUGCUUUUAUCAUUUGGUUUUCAUUGUUGUUUGUUAAUGUUCAUUGUUGUGACUCGAUGAGUUUGCUAGUUUGAAUUCUAUAUUUAGAUUGAGGCUGUGAAUCAUCAAACCAAAAAAAGAAAAAAAAAAAAAAGGAAAAUCACUUUUGUUUGUUUUGCAAGAUAAGCUAAAUGUGAUGUUAUUUUAGAAUGUCCAUAAUUAGAGGAGCUUGUGUUGUACAUUAUUUCAUUUUAAGAUUUAUGGUUGAUGUAAAUGUUGAGAAAAUCAGCUGGACUAUGUUUGAAACA